UUGCAUUGUUUCCAGAUAUGGUCUGUUGAAGAAUUAGAAGAGUUAUGAGAAAUUAAAGUUGUAUCAACCACUCAUGGCUAGAACGAAAGGAAGAAGAUUUUAUGUAAUGGCCGCAUAAGAAUCCUAGGAAAUGUAUUCGGAAAAAUGUACAACCGGACAGCAGCUGGAAAGUGUAUAAAGUACAUCUUCUUACUACAAGUGACUCCUAUCUAGAAGGCAUUAAAUUACGCGAAAAGAAAAUCAAAUUCAGAUAUGGAAACAUCAUGUUCCCAGUUAGGGAAAGGUAAACGUAGAAGAAAGCAUAAGAGCCAAGAUGUCAGUGACAAUUCCGAUAGCGACCCACAGAGAAUGACAUCGCCUCCUUCGAUAACAAUUUCUCACGAUAUACGGACAGUUUUUGCACAUGUAAAUUUGUCAAUACACAAAAAUGAGAAACGGAACUAUAAUAAUAUAAAUACCGAAAAAGAUAUUGUUAUCAUUGAAGGAGGAGGUAAUUUCAAUGACAAUAAUGGCACUUCAACCAAUGUGGAUGAAGUCGACAAAGAAGUCCAAGAAAAUAAUAUUGCUGCUAUAAUGACAACUAGAGAUGAGAAUUUUACAAUUCCGGGUUACAUUAUUAUUGAAGAUUUACAAACAGAUAACCACGUAAUAUUAAAAAUAUUACACAAUGUUUUGGCAACUAGAAAAAUGGACGAAACAUAAACUAUUUUUAUGUUUUGUAUAGGAAAUGUUCUUCUAUUUAUUAGGAGGGAAUACUGCCCAAGUUCUAAGUAAAAAUGGAUUGGGGAAACUAUUUACCAAUAAGCUGGCUCUUGGUUUGGGCGCAAGGGAAAUUAUCAAUUAAACUCAUUACAUACAAUGGAAAUUUUAAAAAGCCGAGAUGCAGAAGGAGAAUACCAAAAUUUAUGACUAAAUAUAUAGAUAUGUAGA